ACCAACGUCCCCAGCCACCUGUUUCGCCCGCCGCUCCCGGCCCCCUUCGCUAUAUUAACCCACCAGCCCCGCCUCUCCACUUCAACUUCAACGCAGCAACUCUCUCUGAUCACAGCGAUCACCAAGCAAGCUCCCUAGUACACCCGAGAAGGAAGAAGACCAGGACUCGAGGAGAUGGCCGGAGCGGCGAAGGCGUCGUGGAUGGUGGCGAUGAGCGUGGGCGCCGUGGAGGCGCUCAAGGACCAGGCGGGCCUCUGCCGCUGGAACUACGCCCUGCGGUCCGUCCACCGGAACGCCAAGUCCAACGUGCGCAGCCUCGCGCAGGCCAAGAAGAUGGCCCCGGCGGCAACGGCGGCGGAGAGGAGGCGCGCGGACAAGGCCGAGGAGGGGAUGAGGACCGUCAUGUACCUCAGCUGCUGGGGGCCGAACUGAGCUCGGCUUUCAGUUUCAGCGGUCGUGUCUCUGAUUGGGCUUUCGGCAACCGAGAUCGGUUUAAGAUCGACUUGGCCGGUUGCCUUGGCGCCUGAUUUGUAACAUAGUUCUAUGAUGAUGAUGAAAAGUUCUGUCGCUCGGUUUCAGUAUAUGAAUGUCUGUGCUACUGUACUGGAACGGAAAUAAAAUUGCUCUUGAGUUGAUGACAA